AUGUUGUCACUGAAUGAAACAGCUUCAGUUCAUUUGAACGCAUUUAGGCGGACAGGCUGUUUCAUUUUGUAAACUUCACAUGGCUUCUACGUUGUAGUCGCAGCAACUUUUAAAAAUAUCCGCCUCAACUGUUAAGCUAACGGCUCAUAAAAGCCGAGCGGGAGUCACCAAAACAACAGGGUAGCCUGCUGCUACUGAGCUUAAAACACAACAAGGUUUAUAUUUGUACCGAAAGCUCAUCGGCUAAUAUGUCUGCCGUGUCAAACGACGCGAAGAAACGGAGCAAGAAGCGAUACGCGGCCGGCCACCACAACAAGCGGUGGAAGGGCUCCCGGGAGCUGGAGGUGGGCAUGCAGGGGAUCCUCAUCACAUGCAACAUGAACGAGAGGAAGUGCACCGCGGAGGCCUUCAAUCUGCUCAAUGAGUACGCAGACAAGCUCUGUGGGCCCGAGAAGUUUCAAGAUAAUAAUGGGAGCAGCAGUGAAGAUGAGGAGGCUGAGGAGGAAGAUGUCGAUGUAGCGCUGAAGAAAGAAGUGGCACAGCUGAAAGCAUCUGGAGCUAAACAGGAGAGGCGCUUCCAGGCUUUGGAGAGUGGAGCGAACAACGUCAUCUUCAUCAAAACUAAAAAUCUCGAAGCUGACAAGUUGGUUCAUCACAUCCUGUCUGAUCUCCACACCACCAAGAAGAAAAAGUCACGGGUGAUUCUUCGGAUGCUACCAGUAACUGGAACAUGCAAGGCCUUCCAGGAUGACAUGGUGAAGUACCUGACGACUUUUCUUGAGCCUUGGUUCAAAACUCCAAACUGUGCUACCUACCAAAUCGCCUUUAAGGCCCGCAACAGCAGCCACAACAAGAGAGAUGAAAUCAUCAAAUCAAUUGCAGGUCUCGUGGGGAAGCUGAACCCGAAGAAUAAGGUCGAUUUGACCAACCCAGAACUGACAAUCAUUGUGGAGGUCAUCAAGGCUGUGUGUUGCCUCAGUGUGGUAAAAGACUAUACACUGUAUAGAAAGUACAAUGUCCAGGAAGUAGUCAAAGAGGACACACCAAAGCCGGAUGUGACCACGGCAAAAACGGAUACAAAUACAGCUGAGCAGAAGGAGAAACACGAUGCAGAGGAGAAGAAAAAGGACGAAGAAGACACGGACAACAAUGUGCCACAGGACAAGCAGGAGGCCGACAAGGAUGAAGGUGACGGGGAGUAAGAGGUCGCAUUUAGAGAAGCUGAAUAUCAGGUUUUAAUUUCUACAGAAAAAAAACAUCAUCUUAAGUUGCAUUAUUGUAGUGUUUUUGUUUUAAAUUAAAGGUUCCAAGCAAAUAAUUCUUUUUCGCAACUGAAUCCACGCUUCGACAAAGGUUUCUAUCAGAAUCCUAAAAUAAUUUAAUGUUUUUUUAUAUUCCUAAAGAUAUCUAUGAUAAGUUGGUACCAACUUCAUUGAGAUGUCCAUUUUUAAAUGACAGUGAUUUUGAAUUAUCUGUACAUGUCAACCAUCAGUAGCAUAGCAGCCAUCAGCUUGUGUUGGGUUUUUUUAAUGCUGAAUUUGAUUUUUAAUUUCAAUGUCUUUUUUUUUCAGUGGCAUUUUUACUCAAAGAAAAAAAGGGUUUUGUUCAGGUUACCUAGUGUGUCACAUUUAGUAACUCUGUUUUUGUAACUGUUAUUUCCUAAAUCAGUCCCUGAAUUAAAGUUGCCUGUUUGUUUGAAUGUU